GGACCUCUCGCACCCAAAGCGAGAAUCAUACCACUAGACCAAAUGCCCAAUUUUUGGUAUCUAUCGUGUCUGGUUUUUACUUAUCAGAUCUUUUUCUCAUAGGACUCCUAUGAAUCUUCGACGGGGUCAUUCUUGGAAGACCAAAAUCUUCCAAUUUCUCAUUUUUGAUGUGGUUCAAUGUAUCAUUUGCCUUCUACAAUUGGAUGCUAAGGACUUUUGCAUUAGCAACAGGUUACAGAUUUCAUUUAUAUUUUAAUCCCAGACUCCGAGUUUAAAGUUAUUAAUUCUUAAUACGGAUCCCUUAGAGGCCAAAACAUCUAUAGGUUAUGAAAUUACCAAAUCUUAUAAAUUUCUUUUAACCAUGAAGAGUCUGGCCGCUAAAUCAAUAGUUUGCAUUUAGAAAUUAGAACAUUUUGAAUUAUACUUCAAAAAAAAUUUAAAAAUGAAAUUGCAGAACAACUAGGUAGCUAGUAGAAUAAACCUAAUCACCAUAUAUUGUCCCGAUAAAAUUUUCAAGCUGGUUAUCGAAGUCUUUAGGUGUUAAUUUAGUUGGUAAAGUUGUUUGGUUAUUGCUUGAGGAUGUAGGUCUGAACCCCACCUUCAUCAAAGGGUAAGGGAGUGGGGGUUGAGGGAAGGGAGAGAGCUAAUCCACAUAAUGUAGCCUGGCAGUUGGAUCAGGAAGAAGGAAAUAAAAGCAGUCUUAGCAGAUAGAGAAGACAGAGACUCACUCAGAAAGGAGGGAAAAUAUCUGGCAGUUGGACCAUGAAUUUUGAUAAUUUGUUUGUAUUUUUAUUUCUUUAUUUGUUAAAAUGCUUGACUUAAUAGGUUGAUGGCUAGUGAGCUCUUAAAAAUAUUACAUAUAGAUUUGUUGCAUUUAAUUUUGUUACUCGUUUUUGAUAAGUCUUGUUGGAAAACAAUUGAUACUUAGAAAGAUGACUUCUGGUGACAUUUUUCUUGCGCAAAGUUUCAGAUGUAUAAAAGAUAAUGAAUCGAAAGCAGCUGGGCAUUCUGAGAAUUGAAUUGAAACCUCUCACACCCAAAGAAUCAUAUCACUAGACCAAAUACUCAUUUGUUGUCUAAAUUUAUUGCUAUUACAUUUAGAGGUAGUAAGUUUUCAAGAAAUGGUGCAUAUCUUUAUUAAUUGAUGAAAUCUUUGACCCUCUGAUCAGAACUAGAUUGUCUAUUAUCCUUUCUGCUAUUGGAAUUAGCAAUUAUGCGAAGUGUUCUAUUCGAACAAGAAUGGUAACUACUUUAGCUCUAAACCCUUUCUGUAAUUCUGUUCACUGGGGUUUGAAUCCUAUUGUAACCUUUGGUUGAAGGCAUAUUGGUGCUAAAGGAGAAGCUAAAUGUAGGAGGUCCAUAGCAUGGAGUGUAGCAUGGUUCUUGGUAUAAGACAGAAUUCUGUUUUCUAAUGACUGUUACUUCAGGUUAGGCAAGAUUACUGAAGUAUUUCUCUUUGGAUGAGGAUGAUGACUACUCUAGCUCUAAAGUCAAUCUGUAAUUUUGUUGACCUUGGUGGGAAUCCUGUUUUAACCUUUGGUUAAAGGCAUAGUUGUGUCAAAGGAGAAGCUAAUGGACGAGGCCCAUAGCACGGACUAUAGCUUGGUUCUUGAUAAUGACGGAUGGACUUGCUUCUUACUCAGAGCAAGGAAGAGGGCUAUGCAGAACUCAAUUUUCUUGCAACCAUUAUUCCAGGCAUAAUGGUGUCAAAGGAGAAGCUAAUGGAUGAGGCCCAUAGCACGGACUAUAGCUUGGUUCUUGUGAUUGACAGAUGGACUUGCUUCUUACUCAGGGUUCUGCAGAACUCGAUUUUCUUGCAACCAUUAUUCCAGGCAUCGCUUUUCAAGAAAUGGUGCAUACCGUUAUUUAUUGAUGAAAUCUUUGAAUCUGUGAUCGGGACUAGGUUGUUUGUGAUGCUUUUUGCUAUUGGAAUAAACAGGUUAGGCAAGAUUACUGAAGCCUUUCUCUUUGGACGAGGAUGAUUACUACUAUAGCUCUAAAGUCAAUCUGUAAUUUUGUUGACCUUGGUGGGAAUCCUGUUUUAACCUUUGGUUAAAGGCAUAAUGGUGUCAAAGGAGAAGCUAAUGGAUGAGGCCCAUAGCACGGACUAUAGCUUGGUUCUUGUGAUUGACAGAUGGACUUGCUUCUUACUCAGGGUUCUGCAGAACUCGAUUUUCUUGCAACCAUUAUUCCAGAUUUGGGUCGACUAGAAGACAAGAUUUGUGGACCUCGAGUUUUGAUAAUUUAUGAUACAUGGAAUAAUAUUAUGAAGUGAUAUAAAGAUGUGCCUACCAGACUUAUGCUGAAAGUUUAUCACGAUUUGUUGUUUUAUUCAUGGGCCCUGCAAAGCCAAAUUCAAGAGAGGCUUCCUUGUGUUUUAACCUGCUCCUCAAAUGUGUCUUCUUUCCAUGUGUAUGAGAUGCCUUUUCUCUGAGUGGUUAUGGGAUCUAAUGUUUCCUGAUGUUAGUGCAGACGAAUAGUGUGGCUGUUCCUUGUAUUCAUGGCCCCCUCAUUACCGACUGAUGUUAGCAGAAAGUUCAAGAUGAAGUCCAGAUAAAAAGAAACUAGGAAUUGGGGCAUUCCGAGAAUCGAACUCGGGACCUCUCGCACCCAAAGCGAGAAUCAUACCACUAGACCAAAUGCCCAAUCUUGAAUGUUUAACUGAAUUUGGUUUAGCUAUUAGCUCUUUUUUUCAAAUUGUGCCAAGUUUUGAUGUUUAUCUGCUGACUUCUGAGCAAAUUGUUCUGCUAUUUGACUACUACCUUGGUACUCACACCAAUGGUUGAAAGAUGAACUUCUUGGGCAAUCAGGCAGCUAGGAACUGGUUAUUAAACUCCUAUUAACUGUUGGUAGACCCAUUCAUAGAAGACCAGAAUUUUCAGAUCUCUCACUUUUUAUGUGGUUCAAUGUAUCAUUGGCCUGCUAUAAUUGGAUGCUAAGGGCUUUUGAAAUUGCAUUAGUACCAGGUUACAA